AUAGCAAUAAAAUGUCCGAGCUGCUGUGGUGUGUAGAACGCCCCUAACCUAGAAAGUUCUCCAGUGUUUACAGUACUGCAUUGGAGGAAACUGAUACAUUUUGACAUGGAAGCACACUAGAUUGUUCCCGUAAGGCUUCUAAAAGGUUUAAUAAUGCUGAAUCGACCGCGUGAAGAAAGUGUCAAUUGUAUUUAUUGUCAGAAAAGAAAGCCGAAUUGUUACUGACUAGGGGAAACAUUAUAAGUACACACUAGCAUUAGCUAAUUUUGUUGAUGUACAUUGUAUACGUAGCAUAGGCUAUGUCUCAGAACGUAGUGAGGAACUUUUAUAAAUCAGCGAGGUAUGUCACCUGGUCGUCAGGCCUGAGAUGGAAAAGCUCCAACCCCCGGAGUGUGCUGAAGCUGGCAGAUAGGGGCAUGUUCAAAGAUAUUUUCCCUGGCAACUCCAGCACAGAGGUUGACACUCUUCUAAAGUCAUCAAGCCAAUGUGUUUAUGCUGGCUUCGAUCCUACAGCAGAUAGUCUGCAUGUUGGCAAUCUCCUUGUACUUGUCAAUCUUCUUCACUGGCAGAAACGUGGUCAUCAGGUUGUUGCUUUGAUUGGAGGUGCUACGGGGCACAUUGGAGAUCCAAGUGAAAGGAGUACUGAACGCCCAUCACUUUCAUCAGAAUUAGUCUUUAAGAAUGCUGAUAGCAUUAAAGAAAACAUAGAAAAUGUUUUUGAAAAUUUUAGGAAGCACUUUUCUGAUGGGUGUGAACUUCAUCCUCCAAAGAUAGUGAACAAUUAUGAUUGGUACUGUAAAAUGAAUUCUGUGGAGUUUGUUGGAUAUGUUGGACGCCAUUUUCGUAUGGGAACAAUGUUGGGCCGAGACAGUGUUUCCCAAAGGCUUAAAUCUGAACGUGGCAUGAGCUUUACUGAAUUUACUUACCAAAUUUUUCAAGCUUAUGAUUGGUUACAUCUGUAUCGUGCACAUAAUUGUAGAUUUCAGAUUGGUGGUAGUGACCAAAUGGGUAACAUUGUGUCAGGACAUGACCUGAUCAGUCGUGUUGAAGAUGUACCCGUGUAUGGCAUUACUCUUCCCCUAAUAAAAUCGGAAGCCGGGGACAAAUUUGGAAAAUCAGCCGGCAAUGCAGUGUGGCUUUCUUCAGUAAAAACAUCCCCUUAUGACUUAUACCAAUUUUUUGUGCGAACACCAGAUGCUGAUGUGGAACAGUUAUUGAAGCUUUUUACUUUCAAUACAUUACGAGAGAUAAAGGAGAUAAUGGACAAGCACAAGCAAGAACCAUCAAAAUGGAUAGCACAAAAAGUUUUAGCUCAAGAUGUCACUACCCUUGUACAUGGAGAGGAAGGUUUAAAAAUGGCUCAGUUAACAUCAACUUUAUUGCAUGGCUCAGAUCCAAACAAAUUAGCUGAGCUUACCUCAGAGCAAGCCUUGCAGGUUUUUCGUGGAGCACCUUUGAAAAAAAUGAUUUUACAACCUGGUAUGACUUUUGUGGAUGUAAGCACAGCAGCUGGAUGCUUUCCGACUGAGAGUGAUGCAAGAAGAAUAAUUUCUGCUGGAGGUUUCACUGUGAAUUAUCAAAAAUCACGUAAUCCUGAUGAAGUCUUUCAAGUUUCACACAUCCUACCUAGUAAUUUUUCACUCCUGCGAGUGGGAAAGAAGAACUUUUACCUAGUUGAAUGGGUUUGACAUAAUUAUCUUUGUGGAGACAUGUGGCUCACUUUGGAAAACUUACAAAAAUCUAUAUUUAUCUGUUAGUAUGUGAUCAAGUGUAAAUGAAGUGUAAAUCACAUGGAUGUUCGCUUACAUACUCCAUAAAGUAUACAGAUAGAACUCUA